AUGUCCAAGAGGGGAGCAUCUUCACCUGAUUCUUUAUCUGCUCACACCAAUUAUAAGGUGAUCAUUGCAAAGGAGAGAACAUACAAAGAGAACAACAUAGGCAAGAAGGGAAGGUUCGACGAAAAGAUGUUAGGAGCUCCAGCGGAAUCUGCUGUUCAUACAUUGGACCUUCUUCCUCCCUACUUUGAGGAGAUGGAAUGGGCUAAGCCACACCUGGAUUCAUUUAAUUCCUUUGUGAAAACCGAUAUACAAAGAAUAGUUCGCAAUAAUGAUAUGAUCGUAGCUACUAAGCAUCCUCAUAUAUACCUGAGGUUUUUAAAUGUGAAGGUUGGAGAACCAUCGAUGGGGGGAGAACGUCUUACUCCAAAUAUAUGCCGUUUAAGUGACCGAACGUAUGCAGCUCCCAUAUAUGUUGAUGUUGAGUAUACACGUGGAAAUGCUGGUGACACAAGUCAACACGAAAGGCUUAACAUUGAAAUUGGAAAGAUGCCUAUCAUGCUGCGGAGUUGUAACUGUCUAUUGCAGGGGAGAGAUGAAGCUGAACUUACUCAAUUUGGUGAGUGCCCCCUUGAUCCUGGAGGAUAUUUUGUAAUCAAAGGAACUGAAAAGGUAAUUUUGAUACAAGAGCAUAUGCCAAAUAAUAGAGUAAUCACAUACAUUGACAGAAAAGGAAACAUAACAGCAUCUGUUUCCAGUAUCACGCAGAAAAUAAGCUCAAAAACCUUUAUUGUGAUGGAAGAUGAGAAAUUCUGGGUACAAUUGAAACAAUUCGCUACAGAGAUUCCUCUCAUGGUAGUUAUGAAGGCUAUGGGGAUGGAGAGUGAUCAAGAAGUUAUACAGAUGGUUGGAAGGGAUCCUCAAUAUAGUUUUCUAUUAUUGCCCUCUAUUGAGAAAUGUAGAAAAUGUAAUGUAUAUACACAGGAGCAAGCAUUGAAGUACCUUGAUAAACUGAGAGGAAGAGCAUUUUCUUUGCUAAGAGAUGUAUUUCUUGCAAAUGUACCUGUGGAUGGAGAUAGUUUUCGGCUAAAAUGUAUACAUGUUGCUGUUAUGAUGAGAUGUCUAAUGGAUAUAAUUUUAAAAAAGAAGAACCGAGAAUAUAUGGGAAACAAGCGGUUCACUUUAUCUGGCCAGUUAAUGUCUCUACUUUUUGAGGAUCUCUUUGAUUCCAUGAGUAGUGAAAUUAAGAAUUUGACCGACAAGAUACUAGGAAAGCCUGACAGGAGGCCAAUCGAUUUUGACAUCUCAACUCUUCUUGAUAGGACUCGGAAUAUCAUCACUCUAGGUCUGGAAAGGGCCCUCUCCACUGGUAAUUUUGAACUUAAGAGGUUCAGCAUGGCAAGGAAAGGAGUGACACAGGUGUUAUCAAGGUUAUCAUUUAUUAGUGCUCUGGCCCAGAUGACAAGAGUCUCACCGCAGUUUGAGAAGUCCAAGGAAGGAAAAGAACCUAGACUUGUGCAUCCUAGCCAGUUUGGGCUGCUUUGUCCUAUUGAUACACCUGUAGGCCAGUCUUGUGGACUGAUCAAGCACCUGGCUUUGAUGACUCGUGUUACUACUGAUGAAGAGAAGGAUCCCUUAAUUUCUAUGUGCUAUUCAUUGGGUGUUGAAGACUUGGAACUUCUCUCUGCAGAGGAGCUUCACACACCUGAUUCCUCUCUUGUCAUUUUUGAUGGAUUAAUCCUUGGAAAACAUAGGAAGCCGCGGCAUUUUGCUACUGCAAUUAGAAAGUUACGGAGAAAUGGCAAAAUUGGCAAAUUUGUGAGUGUCCAUUUUAAUUGGAAACAGCAUCGUGUCUAUUUAGCUGCCGAUGGUGGUAGACUUUGCCGUCCUCUGGUCAUUGCUAAAAAGGGAAAAUCAAGAAUCAAACAACAUCAUAUAGAAGAUUUCAUUGACGGAGUAUGCACAUUUGAUGAUUUCUUACGAAAUGGGUUGCUUGAAUAUGUUGAUGCUGAUGAAGAAAAUGACAUUAUGAUUGCACUUUCGGAAGCAGAAGCUACAUCAGAAACUACUCAUAUUGAGAUUCAUGCUUCUACCAUGUUUGGAGUUGCUGCAGGAUUAAUUCCAUAUCUUCAUCAUAAUGAUACUUGGAGUGACACAUAUCAGUGUGCAAUAGGUAGGCAAGCUAUGGGAAAUAUAGCAUUUAACCAGAAUUCCCGGAUGGACAGCUUGCUUAACGGACUCGCUUAUCCUCAACUACCUUUAGUGACAACAAUGACCAUUGAGCUGAUUGGAUAUGAUCAACUUGGAGCCGGUCAAAAUGCCAUGGUUGCUGUAAUGAAGAGUGAAUCAAGUGAAAAUUCUAUUACCAUGAACAAGGCAUCUCUUGAUCGUGGGUUUGGUCGUUGUUUAGUUAUGAAGAAGCAUAAUGCUGUCAUUCAGAAGUAUGGGAAUAACACAUCAGAUCGAAUACUUAGGCCUAAUAGAGCUUCAAACACUGCCGGGUGUAUGCUGAAACUUGAUGAUGAUGGUAUGGUUGCUCCUGGGGAAAUUAUUGAGACAGGUGACAUCUAUAUCAAUAAACAAUCACCAAUCGAUACACAUACUCCAAGAACAGUAUCUGCAGGAAAUUUGCCUGACAGUGCAUAUCGGUCCAAUGCCCAAUCAUUCAAGGGUCAUGGAGGAGAAGUAGUGGAUAAGGUGGUUCUAUGUUCUGAUGAGAAUAAUAACUUGUGUAUCAAAUUUUUGAUUCGUCAUACUCGAACACCUGAGAUUGGUGAUAGAUUUAGCGACAGACAUGGGCAAAAAGGUGUUUGUGGAGCUAUUCUCCCACAAGAAGACUUUCCAUUUUCUGAGAAUGGCAUUUGCCCCGAUUUGAUGUUCAAUACUUGUCUUUUCCCCCCAAGGUACUUAACUCAUUUUACUGCUGGAUGGCUGUUUGAGCUUCUUGGAGGGAAAGCAGGAGUCUCAUGUGGUAGAUUUUUUUCUAGCAAUGCUUUUGGGGAAGAAAUUGGUCAUGCUGCCUACACUAAAGCCCUCGGUGAAAUUCUUGUGAGUAAAGGAUUCAGCUACACGGGGCACGAACUCCUUUAUUCAGGUACGCUAGGUUGCCCAUUGCAACAUUCAUAUAUAUUCAUGGGUCCAAUUUACUACCAGAAAUCGAAGCACAUGGUGCUUGAUAAGAUGCAUGCUCAUGGUAAAGGCCCUCAAAUUCCGCUAACUAGACAGCCAGCAAAAGGUAGAACUAGAGAUGGAGGUAUUCGUUUGGGAGAAAGGGAACGUGAUUGCUUGAUUGGAUAUGGUGCCAGUAUGUUGAUUUAUGAGCGCCUUAUGUUGUCUAGUGAUCCUCUGGAGGUCCAGGUAUGUACAGCAUGUGGGUUGUUAGGAUAUUACAACCAUAAGCUGAAAACUGGUGUUUGUUCAUUUUGUAAGAACCGCACCAAUAUUUCUACCAUGAAGAUGCCAUAUGCCUGCAAACUCCUGAUUCAGGAACUCCAAUCAAUGAAUAUCGUACCACGCAUAAAACUGGAAGAUGCGUGAGAUUAUCCAAUUCAGGGGAAUGCAGAUAUACUGUUUGGGAAAAUUACAAGGCAGGAAAAAGGCCAUUAAACACUGUUCAUGAAUUUCUGCUGCUGCUUUUUGUAUAUUAGCCUCCUCAAUUUUGUAGGGACCACGUGGAUGAUUCUGAAAAGAUUCUGCAGAGACUCGCUUAAACUCAUGUAAAAUCGCUGAUUAAGAGACGGUUCAAGUUCUGUUAGAAAUUAGAAAAAAGGCCAAAAGCGACACUGGAUUUGUUUGUUUCUAACUCACCAUUUAUGCAAAAUG